CACUCGGCUACAAGCACUUGCUGCAGAUUCAGUAGUUUUAAGAGAUACUUGGUGUUCCCAAUAGUGUUUCAGGGUGUAAAAUUAGCUGUUUUGGGUGUUGGGAUUUUGGGUUCUGGUGGUUUUGUUAUCUGGGUUGGAGUUGCGAAAUAUCUCUUCUUAUCUGUUUGAGUUGUUGGUGAAUUGGUUUUGGGGGUUUAGGAAUAUUGUUGAUCUGUUUGUAAUUGAAUAUCCAGUGAUGGGUAAUUUGGGUAUGUGAUCAAAUUUGUUGCUGUUUGGUGGUUCUCUAGGGUAAAGAUUGAAUUUUUAGAGUAAUUAGAGGUUUGGGGGUGUGAUAUCUGAGUUUUGCCUUGUUGAAAAGUUUGGGAUUAUGUGCUUCUUGUCAGGUUGGUGGCUGAGUUUGAAAAUUUUGGUCCAAUUCUGAAGUGCCUGGGUGAAAUUCAAGUUCUUUGUAGAAUAUGAAAGCUCACAUCUUUCUGGCAAUUUUGGAUUACCACUCUGAUUGCUAAGGUUGAUGUUGCCCUGAUUGGGUCUUAUCAGAAUUUCAAUCUUUGCUUUUAGCCAUCCUACGACACUCCAUUACGGUUUGCCUUAUUUACGAGUGAGGCUGCAAAUUGCUUGACUAGAAGUUGAAGACUACUGGUUCAGAUAGUGGUGCUUGUUGUGACGUUGGGGGAUCAGCAAUGGCUCCGCAGUUGUUUGAUAUAAGUAAAUGAAGCAUUUACUCGGUGUUAUUUUGAGAAUGGCGUUUGGUGUAUUGAGUUUUCUGUUGUUGGUGCAAUUGCCAAUAAUUUUUGCUUCUGGGUUUCUAGAACAUUCUAAAGCUUGCGGAACUUACCAUGUCAGCUCUUCGGAUGACCUUCAUUAUGAGUUGUUUUACAUAAAUGGUGAAUUAGUUGACAAGAAUGUGUUUUGCGAAUCCCUAAUAAUCGAUGACACAAACCGUUGCUUCGAUAGUGGAAAUGUCGGAUAUCAGCAGUGUGGGCUGUCCGUCUUGCUAGAUACAUCUGCUUCUGCCUCUGGAAGAAAGUUUCUACUAGAAAAUGACGCUAAGGAAGGAUCCAGACAACAUGAUUCUGUUGAAAACGAGGCAGACAAGAAUCAGCGUUCUCAAAACUCUAUUUUUACCCCGGAAAAGUUGGCCAUUGCAGCGCAAUUAUCUUUUAUUUUUUGUUGUGCUAUAUGUUGCCCCUGUUUGCGUGCAAAAAGGAAAGGAUCUUCUCAUUAUGUUAGUGAUAAUGACCCCGUUUCAGUGGAUUCCUCUGCUCCUUUGGAAUUGCAUUCUGUUCAUGAAAAAGUUCCACCCAGUCCAUUACGAGUUCCGCCUAGUCCAUUACGUGUCCCGCCAAGUCCUUCAAGAUUCUCCAUGUCACCAGGACUGAAUAGAAUCGGGUCUGUUCAUUUGAAUAUGACUCAGGCUCUCAGAGCUACGCAAAAUUUCUCCUCAUCGUUGAAGAUAGGUGAGGGAGGAUUUGGAACAGUCUACAAGGCCCACCUACCUGAUGGUGGGUUUGUUGCCAUUAAACGUGCCAAAAAGGAACAUGUUGAUACUUUGACCAGCGAAUUUAAAAGUGAAGUUGAACUUCUAGCAAAAAUUGAGCAUCGGAAUUUAGUCAGGCUGCUUGGUUAUGUUGAUAAAGGACAUGAGCGCCUUAUUAUCACAGAGUUUGUACCAAAUGGUACACUUAGGGAGCAUCUAGAUGGUGCUCGUGGCAAAAUCUUGGAUUUUAAUCAACGACUUGAGAUUGCCAUUGAUGUUGCUCAUGCCCUUACCUAUCUCCACUUAUAUGCUGAGAAGCCAAUUAUCCAUAGAGAUGUAAAGUCGUCCAAUAUUCUCUUGACGGAGAGCAUGCGAGCCAAGGUUGCAGAUUUUGGAUUCGCAAGGCUGGGAGAUACUGACGCGGAUAAAACGCACAUUUCAACCAAAGUAAAAGGAACAGUUGGUUACCUUGACCCCGAGUACAUGAAGACCUACCAACUUACGCCUAAAAGUGACGUCUAUUCGUUUGGGGUAUUGUUGUUAGAAAUCUUGACGGGACGCCGGCCUGUGGAGAUGAAGAAACCUCCCGAGGAGAGGGUCACACUCAGAUGGGCUUUCGGGAAGUUCACCGACGGGAACACAAUGGACAUGCUAGACCCUGCCAUGAGGGAAAGGAUAGACGCAGAGAUACUGGGGAGAAUGUUCGAGUUAUCAUUCCAGUGCGCAGCACCCACACGAGCUGAUCGCCCAGAUAUGAAGAUGGUCGGAGAGCGGUUAUGGGCGGUUAGAAUGGAGUACUCAAGGAGAGGAAGAAGAGAGUAAACAUCUGCAAAUCUGUAAAAAGAGAUCAGUUCAGAAGGGUUUCUGAUUCUCUUCAUUGGCUAAAAGCUAUUUGUACCCUCAUUGAUCCAUUUCUGUAAAAUACCCUUCUUUUGUUUCCACUGUGAAUUGAAUGAGGGAUGGGAGGAAAGUACUGUUAAUGAAUCCAUGGUUUGUUCAUAGUGACCUUUGUGGGCUUUUGUUAGGUAAUUAAGCAAGUUGGUAUAUGGGGAAUUGAAGCUUUCUUAUACAAAAUUCAUCACAUUCAUCAUGUUUAGAUGUGGUAA